AGAGCUCUCCAAGUGAUCCAGACAAACCAGACCAACUCAGACAGAGGGACGACAUGGAUCCAAACACGACGAUUCUGCGAGUCAAGAGAAAAAGGGGGACCGAUCCCGCAGACGCUUUGUUGCUGGCGUGCAAACGUAUCCGUCCAGAGACGUCCCAGAGCUCAGGCGAAACGGUACCGGAGCCCAACGAAGCCGAGGUGGAAAACUCUGUCUUCAAACUCGUGGCGACCGUAGCGACACAGGAUGCUCCAGUUCAGACGCACGUUAGACAGGCUUUGGCUCGGCCUCGCAUGGCCCACGCUCUGCGACCCUCUGCUGCCAGUUCACAACGGAUAAUUGGGGACCUACGGAGCACGAAGUUGAGCACCAGGAGGGAGGAACGCUACAGAAUACUCUCUAACCACCGCACAGGCCUGGCAAGCCCAGCUGAGCAGCAAAACCCCCAGACAGAUGCUUCUGAGGGCGUGGAGCAAACUGGGAAAGAGAAGGACAAAUGUUGGGCUGUCGGUGAAAUCCAGGUGGUUGAUCUCAUACAUGAGACUGUAGAGGAACAGGACAAGUCUGUUGGAAAGACACUGUCCUCAGACCCAGAAGUGAUCCUGUGUAACAACACCAAGCUGCUGCGGGAGCGUCUGAGCAUAUCUGGAGACAGACUGGCGGAGGAGCAGCAGGACACAGACUACGUCUACGAUGUGUACUACCAGGAAACUGUCGCAUCAGGUUGGAUCGAGGACAUCGUGUCUGUCAGGGUCUACGCCGAUGAGGGAGAACUGGUGCCUGACUGUGUGGUUCAUGAAGAGGAAGUGUAUGACGAUGAGGAUGAUGAAAAUGAGGAAGGUAACUGGAGGAAUGACUACCCUGAUGAGGACAGUGAUGCAGACAGUGACAGAGAGGAGCGCUAUGGUGGUUACUGGGAGGAGGAGCACUCGUACAGCCGGAGAAACUGGCAGCUCUACCAGAGGGAAGUGCUGCAUGAGCUGGGCUGCCGUGGUGAAGAUGAGGCGGCGGAUGAUGACGAUGAUGCAGACAAAUAUUGUUCUGAUUGAGCUGUCCUUUAACCCACACCUGUCAGUGGAUCUUCCCCAUGCUCCCCUUUACAUUAACCCCAUGCUCCAUAGACCUCUGUGUAGGUGAGAGUGGAGGACAACAAGACUGGCACAUAGAAACAGAAAAUAUGCCUGAAAUAUGUGCUUCAAGAAAUCCCACCGCAGCAGUGUAGCAAUUUAUGUGUAGCACUUAUCAGAUAUAAUGAGUGACUGAAAAAAACAUCCUGUUCUUACAUCAACACCAGUGACGAUACCCUAAAUGUUAAAAAAUGUCUUGAGUCACAAAGUUUAUCGACCACUAAUGGUUCAGAAAGCCUCAGCGCUCUUCGGGUGUAAUGCAGCCCUCUCUACUACACAGAUGAAAAUGGAGUAGGUGUAUUUCCAGCUCCAGAGUGUCUUUUUUUUUUCUUCUUUUUUUCCCCCUUUUUAAUAUAUAAAUAUGGUGGAGUGAAUGUGUGGGUGUGUUAGAAAUGUUGCAUAUUAGUGUUAAGUGCCUGGUAUGCUUUGUGCCGUUAACACUUCUGUUAGUGAGACGUCUUGGGCCGCGUGUGGUUGCAAUUUAGGGUGUUUGCAUUUUGUGCAUGGUAGCGCUUGUGUGUGUGUGUGGGUAUAAUUGUGCGUGUUAAGAUUUCUGCAUAAUGUGAAAGCGUGCAUCAUUGUUGUUGUGGGGUGGGGGGGUGUGUGUGUGUGUGUGUGUGUGUGUGUGUUUGUUUUGAGUUUGGUUCAGAAAUUCCCCAUUGAAGUUGAUCGUUUCUCUUGGAUGCUUGUUGAAGUUAACCUCUUUUUGUAAAUAUGUAGAUGUGUAUAAAAAGAGCUUUCAAAAUAAA